CCUGUUUUUGUAGGCAGGCUAAAGAUAGCUUUGAAUCUUUGAACCCAUCAAGAGCAUGAAAUUCUCCAAAGCAAGUACUCUUCCAGAUAUGAAAAUAGUGGGGACCUUUAUCCUCUUUACAUAGCAGUGGUUGGAGGAGGAAGCAAUGGGAUGUACAUAUAUCUGUGUUAUCCUUUUCAACAGUGUGCUGAUGGGGAAGGUGUCAAGAAAGGCUUUGUAUCGGAUCUGAAGUGGCCUCAUCUUGGAAUGGCUUUCUUUGUAAUUGUGUCCAUCACCAUGACGUGUUGCUUUGUAUGGCAGUACAGACUUCCAAAGCAAGCCACAAGUGAAGAUAUCUCAUCUCAUGAGGUUAAACCAGUCCAAAUGUGCCCGAGGCAUCCCAAACCUGUACCAUUGGUACAUCCCAUACCCAUUCUAAAAGAAGCUCUGGAAAAGAUUGACUUCCUUUUGCGUCAUCAAAUACAUCCAAUGAGUCUGCCGUCCAUUUCAGCUAUUGUAGUAUUUAAUGACACUGUACUGUGGACUGGAAAUUUUGGGAAAAAAAAUAUUUCAGAUGAGUUUUCACCUCCGCCAAAUGAAUAUACUGCUUACAGGAUUGCAAGCAUUUCCAAGAUAUUCCCCACUAUAAUGCUGUAUAAACUAUGGGAGGAAGGAAAAAUUGCAUCUUUGGAUGACCCACUAACAAAAUAUGUCAAAAACUUUACUGUUAAGAACCCAUUGGGGAGCUCAAAACACUCAGAACAAAAAUACGAAGCAGAUGGCCUGGUAUUUCUUGAGAGAGGGAGAGUUGCUACCAAAGUAUCAUCUGUGACAUUGAAGAGAAUGGCCAGUCAGCUAUCAGGGUUACCCAGGCGACUCAGGUCAACAAGUCUGCUGUGGGAAGGGAAUACUGAGAUGGCACUGAAUCUCCUGCGAGAUGAUUUACUCAUUGCGGAUCCUGGUACAAGAUGCCAUUACAGCAAUUUAGCAUUCUCCCUCCUGGCUCAUGUUCUAGCCAAUAAGGUUGUUGGAUCAGACUACCAGCGCUGGAUUACUGAGAAUAUCUUGGCUAAAAUAGGAAUGGAGCACACUGGAUUUGAAUUCACCCCAUCAGUCCGUGCUCAGUUAUCCGUUGGUGUUUACAGCAAUGGUAAACCAGCUCAGCUCUAUGAUCUGGGUUGGUACCGGCCCUCUGGCCAAAUGUAUUCAACUGCUGCUGACCUGGCCAAACUGUGCAUGGUGUUACUGGGAGCUGUUCACAAGCACAUUCUGGAGGCUGAAACAUUAAAAGUGAUGCUUACACCAGUGUUCAGGUGUUCGGAGGAUUACUUUGCCAGCAAAACAGGAACACCUUGGGAAAUCAAUGAACAACUUGGUUAUGAUGUAAUCAAAAAAGACGGCGACCUGGAUGGUUACUCGGCUACAUUCUCCCUGGUUCCUCACCUCAAAAUAGGAUUUAUUAUUUUAAUGGCGGGUUCCCGACCCCAAGAGGAGGACUUGACUGCAGGAGUGUAUAAUUAUCUAAUCCCAGCGAUGGAGUCUGCAUUUCGGCAAAGCAACAGGAUUCUGCUUCCACCUCCCGAAUCCAAGCCGUAUGUUGGCUAUUAUACAUUUUCAAAUUUGACCUUUUAUGAGAUAAAGAAAGACAAGAGAGGAGUUUUAGUGAUGCAACAGUUUGGCCCUCACAUUGAAACGUUGAUACCCGAGAAAUAUAGGACUAUCAAGCUGUGUUAUCUAGAAGAAAGGGUAUUUCAAAUUGUAUUUGAGAAAGAAUACCCAUGUGUCCUGAAAUUCAACACGGCUUCUGUGUCACUUGAAGCUCAAGAUGGACAGCUGUUUAAUUUUUUUCCAUUCAAUAAUAAAGGCCUAUCUACUGGUUUUGAUGCUCCAGGUCUGAACACGUAUAAUAUCGUCAGAAUAAGUCGCAAACCAAGAUUUUGAGAACUUUCAGCAGAUUAUAGAAUCUAUUUUAGGUGCUUUUGAAAAGUCAUCUUAUUUAUAGAAUUAGCAGCAUGAACUCUGAAUAAGAAAAGGCAUAUCAAACCUUCUCUAUUAUCACUCUACCAUGGCUGCCACAUCUGUUGUUCCCUGACUUUAACUGCUAGGAACUUCCUGGGAGCUGCUUCCUGACGUGACCUCCGGUGACUUUUAGUGGUGAAACAGAGGGAAUUGGCGGAAACUUUUUCUUUGCUCUUCCCUCAAAAGUAAUCAGACAGAGCUUUGUAAUACUCAACAAUCUUUCUCAACAGUCAAAUCAGUCUGAUUGCUUAUAAAUGUCAGUAUUAACUGGUCCUGAAGACUCAUCGCUCUUCCAAUGAGCAUAAUUUUUCUUUCUAUGCGUGUCUUUUAAUGUUAUUUUGUUUUGAAGGGUAAGUAAGACUUUAUUUGCUGCUGCUUGUGGUGUAUAUUUGGUUAAGUAACAAUCAAAUCCAUUCCCCUUUUAAUGAUGAGCACAUCUGAUUGUAUAUAUCAGAUUAGAAGUAAUUUUCUUCAGUACUGUAUGGACAGUUGGCUGUUGGUUCCUUGAGACUGAGUGGUGACAGUGGGUGGACGGGCUCCCUCUGGGAGAGAGUAAGUGGUUGGCAGCUGGGGAGUGGAGGAAGACCAGGGGUGGGGGGUAGAAUGUAGAAGGAAAGGAAGGAGGUUAGAGUGAAGGGACAGGCCAGGGAACUGAGAGGGAGGGGAGAUUGGGGAAAACAUUUUGAGAAGGAGAAGGGGGGGAGGUGAGGGCAGGUAGGGAAAUUAAGCAAAGGGGCAGUGGACCACAGAGGGGCAUUUCCGUGGGUGGGGGCCUGAGGAAGAGAAUAGGUGUGUGAGUUUGUGUGUGUGUUUCCACAUAUAUGGGAUAUGUCAAUAGCAGAGCCUUUCCUCUGAUUGUCUUGGACCAAGACCUUGCCCUCUUGCACAAUGGCCACCCCACAUUGAAAGAACGCAUGCACAGCCAUUGCUCGCUCCUUAGAAGUGGAGUGGAAGCAAGUCACCCUCAGCCUCGGGGCACUGCCGAAGACAAAGCUGCACAGUAAUAUUUUGGGCCAGAGAAGUUUAUUGUCCACUGAUUUAGCCUAUCCUUAAACCUCCCAACAGAUUGCUGUGAUCCUGUGAUGGAUUGCCCUGAUUCUUCGUUUCUAAUUGGAAUUUCCUCAUUGUUUUUAAAACCUUCCACAGAUUUCUGUUCAGUCUAUGGGUAACUUCCUAUGCUGCUUCUCUCUUCACACUGCAAGAUGACUUCUUUCCACCGCAGUUAAAUUACUGGACUAGAAGCCAUACUUCUGGAUUAUUAAUCACAGAAUCAAAGAUCCAAAAACAUGAGUUCAAAUCCCACCAUAGCAGCUGGGGAAUUUAAAUAAGAGAAAUUAAAUAAGCCUAGAAUAGGGAAAAGAAACUAGUUUCUGUAACAGUACCACUGGAUUGCUAAAAAAUCCAUCUAGUACAUAAUAUCCCUCAGGGAAGGAAAUCUGUCACCCUCAACUAGUCUGGUCUUUAUGCGACUCCAGGCCAACCAAUGUAAAGGAGUGUUAACUGCCUCCUUAGUUCAGGGGCAAAUAAGGAGCAUUGUAAAUGUUGGCACAUUCAUGAAUUUGAGAAAAAAACAAAUUGAUGUCAACUUAAAUUGAUGUUUUCUUAAAUUAUUUUGGUAUGUUUAACUUUGUGUUCUCUAAUCCUUACAUUUUCUAUCUCAAAGAUGUUGUCUAUGGAUCCUAAUACUUCACAUCUCUAAAAAGACUAAGUCCUUAUCAAGUCUUGCUUCUCCUCUGUGUAGACAAUCUUUUCUCAUAAACCAAUGAUGGUCUCACAGAUUUUUUUUCAAAUAAUUAUGUGUUUUCCGUGGUAUGGAGAUAAAAGCUUUUGAUUUUAACCUAUUCCUGGUACAUGAACAUCAAUGGCAAGGCCAAUAAUUUCUUAUUAUUCAUGCCUUUAUUAUGAAAUCCCAGCCUGAUAAAAUUAUACCCGUCUAGCCGAACAUUUUAUUUACUUUCUAAACUGCUUGUGAAUACUGAACUGGCAAUUUUAAUGAGUUGAAUGAAAGAAUUCAUUUAUUUAUAAAAUAUCUCUUGCAUCCCUGGGACCUUCGAAAGUACAGCUCAACACAGCACCGCGGCAUCAAACUCCAGAAUCCCAGGUUCAAGCCUAACCUUUCGUGUGGGGUUUGCGUGAUCUCCCCGUGACCACAUGGAUUUUCUCCGGCUGCUCAGAUUUCCUCCCACAUUCCAAGGUGUGUGGGUUGGUAGGUUAAUUGGCCACUGUAAGUGGUCCCUCAAGUAAGUGGAUGGUAGAAUCUGGGGGAAGCUGAUGGGAAUGUGGGUAAAAUUAGUGGGGGAAUGGGAUAGUACUGUGAGCUGGCAUAGACUCGAUGGGCCGAAUGAUUUCCUUCCAUGUUAUAAGGAAAUAUGGAAAACCAUGUUGAGCAAUGUUAUCUUUUCAAAGUCACUUACAUAGAAGUUAUAAACAACAGCAGGUCCGACACCAAUCCAAUUACAUAACUCAAUGCAUGCCACCACUCUGCCCUCCACCUUUCAGCUAUGUACUAAUCUUGCCUGACAAUUUACCGGUGAACCCAUGGGCUUGUAACUUGUUGGUUUUGUGGAGUGCUGCCUAAUAGUUGCGGGUAAAGAAUGUAACACCUGGCAAAGAGUGAAUUACAACUCCAUUCACCUCUCAUAGCAGUUCCAAAUUGUUGAGUGUCAUUCUUUUGCUAAGUGCCAUAUCUUGCACAGUAUUCUCUGCUGAUUUAAAAUUCCUGCUGGAUAUCUUUAUGUAUUCCUUGCAAACUGAGGGAUUAUGCUGAAAAAUAAGUGUGUU